CAUUGCUGAGGCUCAGGUCUAUGAAACUGUUCUUCUGUCUUUUUAAAGGACUUUGAGGCCCGUUUCUCCAGUGUGCACAGAAACAUUCUCAGAAAGGGAGGCAGGGAGACACUAGCCCAGAUAGUCUACAGCCAAGUGCCUGAUCUGAAGGACCUGCCAACAACAGGCGUGUUUAACCUCCCCCUGAUGUGGAAGUUCGAGCAGAGGAUGACCAUUCAGCUACUCAGCCGCCUGAUUGAGCAGAGAGAUGAGAGGAAAAACCUGUCUGUGCUCACAGAGCUCCUGAAAAAUUCUGUCCACAUACGGCACAUCAAACAUCUGCCUCAAGUGCUGAACCUGCAGCACAAAAUGAUGCAUCACUUUCGAAAUGUGGAUCUGCAGUGCUACGAGGAUGUGCCAAUUGGGGCCUUCAUUAAAGAGAAUAUUAGAGAUGAAGGAGACCAUGUUUUCAACGAAAAUGUUGAAACUCUGAAAACCAUCUGGGCCCAUUUGACUGCAAUCCAAUACGUCAAGAUUCCUAUAGAGUUGAAGGACAAGACAGAGGAAGACUUGAUGAUACUGGACCUCUUGCCUAGGAAAGGUUCAGUCAUGUACACCUUGACAGAUUACCUUGUCAGAAUGCAGAAUGACUGUAUAAACUGCGCCAACCCCGGAGAGAACAGACGCGUCAGUACCAGUGAAAUCAAGCCUUCCCAUGUCAUUGACUGCACCCCUGAGCAAGACUUCUUGACCAUUGCGAUGUCCAACAUUGACCAUGUGGUGUGUGAGGAUGGGACAGAAAGCACCAACUACAACUUUAAGAGCCUGGAGAGGCAGAUAGUCGACCGGUUCUUCACAGAGAAACCAAUCAUCAAUGUCAAUACAAUUCCAUUGUUUGAGGACAAAACCAGAACAACCCUUCGGGCUUUCUUCAGCAUGAAGGAGCAGCUGGAGCCUUUGAACACCAAUGACCAGAACUGCAUCUUGAAUGACUUCAGGUUCCUGAAUGAGAUCUCAGCUGCCCUCUCUACACUAAGAAUUGCCAUUGGGUUUAUGCAGCUGUCAUUUCCUCCUGCAGAGGAGUACCUUGUGCACUACCUGAGUAAAGAGCUGAAGCUCGAGGAUAGAACACAUACCCUGAGCUUACCGGUGCUGAGAACCAGCAGGGUGAAGCACAUCCAGUCUCUCUGGGAGGUGCUUUCUCUGAGGCAGUCCUCCCUGCUCAUUGAGAUGAACCAGAAUCCGUUCUUCAUGAUCGAGAAAGGUUUUCAUGAGUCGUUUUCUGAGGAGCAGAAGAAGGAAAUCACCCCCAAACUGGCCAACCUCACCAAACUGGACCUCUUCGUUACAGAGCUGCACUACGUCAUCAUGAACAUUCAUUUGAAUGGCGUCAAGCACGACUGGAGGUGUGUGUUAUUUGAUCUGUUUAUUCUUCAGCACACGUGCAUUAUUCACUGCAGUUUCACUACAAUGCACUUUCCCUUUUCAAUUUCAGUGUCCAAGAGACGUGUGAUGGCUUUGCGGAAAGGGGUGAGAUUGACGAGAGAGUAUUGGAGAGUGUGGAGACUCUGAAGUUGGAGAUGGAGCUGGAGAUGAAGAACAGCAUUGCUCUUUGGAAAAUGGCUGUUCAGAUGAAGAGGAGCUUGUCAGGAUGAUACCAGACAGACAAGCCUCAUUACAAAACUACUUUGCUUUUUCAUUUUCAUUUAACCUUUUAAAUCACGAGCAUAUAUUACAGUUAUCCAUUAAUAAUGACGCUAUAACAGAUAGACUCUUUAGUUCAGUUUAACUUCUUUGUUUCUGACUUUGGUAAUUAAAAAUCUAUACUAUCUAUACAAUCUGUAGAUUUGAAAGACAACCCUGUUAGUAAGACAUGUUUAUUUGAGUGUUUGUUAGUGAACAAUUGUGUGGGUUUUCAAAUGCUUUUCUUUCCCAUGUCAAUGCUACUUUACAUCAUGCAGUAUGUGUGAUCUUCCAUGAUAAUGAUAUAAAUUUGAUG